AUGAGAAAAGAAAUGCUGACGCAGAUUCGCGGAUCUCACAUUGACAUAGAAUUACGUCUUCGGAGAGCCCGUGAGGUAUUAUAUUGAACACUCGUGAACGCAGAUGUUAAAGACUUCAAAACGCGCAACAUGGCAGGCGUAUUAACCUGUACAAUGUUGUGAAGAAUUAAAACCAUUCCCAAUACCAUUCCGUCCCUGGGAAACGGUCAGUAUUGACCUUUUUGAGCUUGGAAAACAACACUUUGUUCUGCUUGUUGACCACUGGGGUGGAUUCUUCGAAGUCCAAUAACUUACGAGAACUACCGCUGAUAAAGUCAUAGUAGCCUGCAAAUUAAUCCAGUUUGCACGACAUGGAAUCCCGGAUACAGUGAUAACGGACAACCGACCUCAGUUUUCUGCCACAGAAUUUUCAAGAAAUUGGCAGUUUAAGCAUCUACCUUCCAGUCCUCGUUACCCACAAUCUAAUGGCCGAGCAGAGACAGAAGCCAAAAUUCUGGUCAAAACCCAUCGUUAGCACUUUUAGACUGGAAAAGCACCCCCAUAGAAGGUCUGGGAUCAUUACCUGCCUAAAUGUUGAUGAGGCGACGUACGCAAAUACUGUUGCCGACUCACAAAAAUCUCCUUAAACAACCAAUCAACGAAGGCAAUAGGGAUAAACCACUCAACUAUAAGUAAACUGUAAGGCUAACUCAGGGGGAGGGGAUUGAAGGCGUGCUUUGUAGGUAGUGCCAGUCCUUUUUGCAAUUUGAAAAAUACACACUUUAUCUAUCGAUGAAUUUUACUCCUUUAAUUUUCAUUCGCCCUUUCCUUUUUUAUUUUAGAGCAUACUAAAACAGUCAAUCUUUUCACUCAAGUACUUACAGUAAAUAAAUAUCGUUCAGCUGCUAAAAUAUUACAGAGCCAACUGAGCCAAAACAAAAUUUGUCAAAAAACCGCGCGAAAAUGUUUGGUUUUUCUGAGUUAUGAGACUUUCCAAAAAGAGUUAAGAGAUUUUAUGAUACAAAUUAUGUAGAAAAGUAUUAAAUACUUUUCCAAAUUUAUUUUCAAGUACCCACGACUUACUGUUAAAAUAAGCAUUAUCAAAGCUAGCUUGACUGCCUUAUACGUGCUCAUAUAAAUGCCCAACAAGAAGAUGCGGCAAAGAAAAUCACAUCACUUGAAAAAGUCAAUUUAUUCAUGCUUUAGAAGGAAUAAAACAAGGACUAGAAGCUCAGGAUAAAUACCAAUACCUUGGGGUUAGCAGACACUAAGUUUUUGGACUGUCAAAAUGUUUUAUAGUAUUUUUUCGAGUUAAAGAGCGAGGUUUCCUUCGGCACGUCCACACGUCGUCAUUUUUUCAAAAUGCAAAAGCAAGUAUUCCCUUGGAAAAAGUAUUUUUCUUGGACAUUUUCGCUCGAAAACAAAUUUUUGAUCGAAUUUUUUCACUCCUCGCAACUCUCCUUAGUCCUUUUGAAAGCUGAUUUUCCCGCGCGUUGGCUUCAAAGAAUCAUAGGCCUUCAUCGUAGGAGUUAGCCUUCCAGUUUACUUAUAGUUCAAUGGGAUAAACUGGCUGCUCGGAAAUCACGACAAAUUCGCCGUUAUAACAAGACGCGCCAUCCUCUUAAACCAUUAAAAAAGGGUCAAGCUAUACAAAUGAAAUUAUACCAAAUGCAACAUAAUAGACGCUUGGAACGUGUACUAGAGUUUUGGAUACUAGGUCGUACAAAGUAGAUGUGAGUGGUAGGAAAUACCGACGAAAUCGCCGACAACUCCGGACAUCGCAAGAAAGACCUACAACAGCACCAGUUGCUGGUAUGGAUCCUGGGGUUGGACCUGGACAAAACAGUAGGGAACCCGAGAACCAUUCGAUUGCGAAUGAACCCAACCACGAACACGUACCAUCAUUAGACGGUGAAUCCUUUGCUUAG